CUUGAUGUGGUCAUCAGACCAAAUUUGUAUGAGGCUUCGCACCUCCUCACAGCCCCACGUUUGCCCGCGACCUGCCAUGCUAAACUGUCAACAAACACUUCCUCAUCCCAUCAUGCACAGCGCAGCUGACUACGGCAGCUGGUGUAGUCCAAAAAUGCGCAGUUCUUUUUGCAGUUGGGUCUGUUUGAGGUCGGAUCGCGUUCUCACCACAAACAAACUGCUCCAGGGUUCGUUUGAAAGCGUGCUGAGACCACCUCUUCAAGGAGGUCUCGGUACGAUUGUUUGGUCCGCUUUUGGUGCGCACCAGAGUGCGAUUGCUGCAUUCUCACCUGCCGAAACGAACCGCACCAAGAGGGAAAACGAACUCUAGUACGAUUCAACCGAACUAAAUGAGGCAGGUGUGAAAGCACCCUAACUGAACUAAAUGAUUUUUAUUACUAUAAAAAAAAUCAAAACGACGGUGGGGGACAGUGCCGCGGUGGGCAAGUGACGUAACCGGUGUUGCGGCUUAACACCGGUAUCACCGCCAACACCGUCUAUCGCAGCAAGCCUAGUGCGGAGUUCUGCAAGCUUGUGAAUCCUCUCAUUAUAUAACACCGUGUAGAUAAGAUGUAAAUAAGAGAUUCAUUGUGCAGAGAGCUUAUUAACGGAACGUCGCGAGAUCGCGAUGAACUGAAGUGAGUGACAGCUUUUAGUGAUUAAAGACGGAGCGCUCUUUGCACGCAUUCUAAGCUGUUUUGACUUGUCUCAGAACAGUAUUCACCUCAGUAAAGAAAUUAUUGUUUUAAGUCACAAUUUUAUUUUUCUUGAUGUUUCAAAAUGACUCUCUUGUGUGCUUUUAGUGAACAAUAAAUGUAAACAAACUAUAAACCUGUAUCUGUAACUAUAAACUAAAAUCGCGUAUAAAUGCACAAAUGCAAUGACUGGAGAUUUUCGCUUAACAGAUUACAUUUUCGAUUUGUUUCUCAGCAAACCCUAUCGUAUGCCUUAAUGUUAUGAACCCACUAUGGGUCAUAUUGGUUGGCUGUUGGUUUUUUCCUUUAUUUGUUUUGCAGGAUGGAGAUUGGGUGAGUGACAUCAUUAUGGCUGAGGACUUAUGUCACGGGUGACGAACGUCGUGCAGGCAGGAACUUGAAAUGGAGCCCGAGUUUCCGCAGGGGGCACUUUUGGUGGGGGACCGAGGAGGCUGCCGGUUCCGGGUGUGUGGGUAAAUGACGGGGUUGAUGACGAGAAUUGCGAUCAGGAGGAAUAGAGUGGUGAUUGGGGCGUGUGCUGUUGUAGGAGAAGUAUAAGAGGACAUUGUGAUUGAAUUCAGGAGUGGUCGGAAGUGGUCGAGUAUUCGUGAAGAAGGAGAGAGAGAUUCGGAUCUAGGCAAGGUGAAGGUCGGGCUGAAGGAAGAAGUGGAGAAUUGAAACGAGGUCAGCAUCUGGGAUGAGAGAGAUCGUGUGGAACUCUAGUCGGAUUCUGGAACAAUUGAUGUCUCUGUGAAUCGUAUGACGAUUGUAACCUUUUGUGGAGGAUUUAUAGCUGCAUUGAGAGAUUUUUGCUUCACAGCCGCUUCCCAUUUAGCUUUACAUCAGCGAGGGUGGACGAGACCCCAUGCCGGCGCCUUCUCUUUGCAGAAGACGCUAAAAGCUGUAAGGUAUACAUACCCCUCUCUCUGUCUGAGUCUAGUGAAGAGCCUGCUGAAGCUGCGAGAGCCCAGUGAGGAGCCUGCUAAAUCUGUGAGAUAUAUGUACCCUUCUCUCUGUCUGAGUCCAGUGAAGAGCCUGCCAAAAAGGGUGAGAGUCCAGUGAAGAGCCUGUCAAGGCUGCGCCGCAUAUGUGCUUCUCUUUCCCUCUGGAUUCCAUCGAGGACGUUGAAGCUAUUACAGUAGUCGUUUUAAAGAGCUGUUUUAAAGUGAAUAAAGAGAUUUUUUUUUUUUUAUACCUACCUUUGUCUCGCUUGUUGUGUCCUGUGGUGCGGCUCCUCAUGGUGGUGUGCAAGUCAGGGGUGACGGCCGGUCACUUAGGUGCCCACCCCGACCCGGUGUGACACUUACACCUGUGUUUGGAGCUGAUGCCGCUCGUCUUCCUUCCUCGUGUUGUGUUUUGUCCCGUUUUCCUAAUUUAAUCUUACUUUAAUAAAUGUAAUUAUUUUUAUUUACCAUGUUCCAACGUGUUAUCUCCUUAUUUGUUGUGACACUUAAUAACACUUGGAAUACAGAACGAGUUGCAUGGGAUAAUUUGACAUUUUAAUCCUUUUUGGAAAAAGAUUGAAGAAGUUUACAAGUCAUUAAAUGGACAAGUGCAAGCAUUUUUUAUAUAUAUAUACACACAUGUCGUCUUUUGUUCUUCAAAAAAUAAGGUAGCUUAAUAUGGCUUUAGAACAGCAUCAGGUUGAUAUUUAGGCUACUUAAGUUGUGAAGGGGUAAUAGUUAAAAUAAAUAAUAAUUAUAGCUAUAAUGAGAGAAAGCUAGCGAGCAAAAUAGUUACGCGUAAAAGAGCAUUAUAGCUAUUGUGUUGGGGCCCCGUUCCUGAAAUUUGCUUAGGGCCCCCAAAUCACUAAGUCCGCCCCUGGCUAUAAGCUAAUAGCAGAUUCGGGAAAUCAAAAUAAAACUAGUGAUAACAAGGCGCUCUGAUUGCUUUUGUUGUAGAAUGCUAUAGGGGAUAUAUUCACACCAAGUGUACUGAAUUAAAGUGUAUUUUACUGCACUUUUAUUUUCACCUAAAUAAAGUGUAUUUUACUGCUCUUUUUUCCCCGGGGGGUGGUGUUAGACAGAUGAUCAAUGGUCAAAGUUCAACUGAGACACUUCCAGUUUCUCUUCUACAGAUCAUUCGGUCAGCUAAAGACGGAGAGACUCUGGAUGAAAAAAACAAACGCCAAGUGACACAAUGGAAUCAGAACCUGAAGACCAUUUGCAGGAUCUGAGGAUUGUUCUUUUGGGAAUCUCUGGUGCUGGAAAGAGUGCAAUAGCAAAUGCAAUACUGGGUCGAAAUGCAUUUAAUGAGAGCAGAACCAGAGAGAGUGAGAAACAGACAGGAAGAGUAGAAGACAGAAACAUCUCCAUCAUCGACACUCCAGGAUUCUUCAACACUCAGCUGACUAAUGAAGAGCUUCAGGGGCAGAUGAUGAAGAGUCUCUCUCUCGCUCAGCCUGGUCCUCACGUGUUCCUGCUCGUCAUCAACCUCGAAAACUUUGAGGAGCAGGAGAGGAACCUUUUGGAUCAAAUUCAGGACAAUUUUGGAGCUCAAGUGUUUAAGUUCACUCUGGUUCUGGUCACUGGAAGAGAAAAAAUGUCAAGGAAAGAAUGGAUGCUCUUUAUACUUGAUACAAAAUUCCAAGAGCUGGUCAGGCACUGCAGAGAUAAUUAUCAUGCAAUCAACAGUAAAAAUCAGAUGAAUCAAACUCACAUCACAGAGCUUCUGCACAAGAUUGAUGAAACUGUCAAACAGAAUAAUCACCAGCAUUACAUUAAUGAGAUUUACUCAACGUAUCGAACAAAGAGCAUAAGAAUAAAGAAAAAACAAGAGGAAGAAAAGACAUACAAAAGAAAAGAGCAACAAAUUAAACAGAAUCAAGCAAAAGUAGCAUGUGAGACUUUUACAACCUACAGUGUAAUAGAAGAGAGAACAACACACACCGUGACUGAACAGGAAAAGGAAAGAAAAAGACAAGAGGAGGAAUAUAUAUACAGGGGAAAAAAGCAAGAGAAAGAGGCAAGAGAAGAACAAGAAAAAAUAAAGUCAGAGACUUUUGAAAUGAAAAAUACAACAGAGCAGAGAUCAACACACAGUCUGACUGAAGAACGCAACAAAAGGUUAUUUUCUUCCAUACAAAGAUUGAAAACAAUUCACAUAUAUGAAAACCUGGACAAUGUCUCAUUAGACAGGUUUGAGGAAUUCUCUAAUGAAACAGUUGGAGAAAAAACCCGGAGAACGAGGCAUAAGAAUAAACACCAGAUAGUAUCCAAAAAAGAACUCAAGAUUGUGAUGUUGGGUAAAACUGGUGUUGGAAAAAGUGCAACUGGAAACACCAUCCUGGGAGAAAAGCUGUUUGAAGAAGAUUUUUCUACUGAAUCUGUAACUAAAACAUGCCAGAAACAUCACAAGACAGUGGAUUGUCAAAACAUCUCAGUGAUCGACACUCCAGGACUGUUUGAUACGUCAAUUAGGGAAGAACAACUGAAGAUUGAAAUAGAGAGAUGUCUAGAAAUGUCUGUUCCUGGUCCUCAUGCGUUCCUGCUGGUCAUCAGACUAGAUGAUAGAUUCACAGAGGAACAGAAAAACACAGUUAAAUGGAUUCAGGAGAACUUUGGAAAAGAUGCUAAUCAUUACACCAUCGUUCUAUUCACAAGAGGAGAUCAGUUAAAAACACAGAGAAGGAGUAUAGAGGAGUUUCUGACCAAAAACAAGCAGAUUAAUGAUCUAGUUAGUCAGUGUGGAGGCAGGUAUCACGUUUUUAAUAACACUGAUGAAGAUUCAGCACAGGUUACUGAACUGUUAAAGAAGAUACACACAAUGGUGAGGAGGAACGGUGGACAGAAUUACACAAGUGAGAUGUAUGAGAAAGCUCAGAGAAAGAUCAUGAAGAAGAAGGCUCAAGAUGCAGCUUUAGUGGGAGCAUCAGUGGCAGGUGUAGGAGUAACAGUCGCUGGAGGAGUAGCACUAGCUGCUGCCACUGGAGGAUUGGCUCUGCCUGUGGCUUUAAUGGCAGGAGGAGUAGCUCUAACAGGAGGACCUAGUGCUAAAGUUAUCACUGAUAAAUUUAAAAACAAGAAAAAUAAGGGGGGGAUAUGAAAACAGGAAAAUAGCUGACUGUUCUAAAAAUUAUUUAUGUUGUUAGAAGAUACUUUGAAAGCACAUAACUCUUGAUAGUGCUAGGAGUUAAUUUUAUUGCACAAUAACUUACACACAGCACAAGGAAGCUUAAUUUAAAGUAAAUCCCAUUAAUUAGAGUAAAUUCCAUCCUGCAGCCAGUUUAAGAUUAGGGUUAGGGGUUAUGAUUGUUUAUUGCUUCAUGUGUGUGUGUGUGUGUGUGUGUGUGUUUUUGUGUUGAACUGCAACUGAACAAUAUUUUGUUUAACAGAUUAACAUUCCUGAAUCUGAAUUGACUUGCUGUUAGGUGACAUCAGGCUUUCUUUUUCAGAUUUCAGAAAACCCAAGGUUGCAAAUAGGUAGCAGUCUGCUGUGAGGCUGCUUGUUAAAACUUGAACCAUUUGUAGCCUGACAUCCUGAAACUAAAUAUUUUACAGGUUGUAGUGCGUUUUGUCUCACUUUAUUAUAUUUUUAUUUAAGACUGAUCUUUUGUAUCCUUUUGUCUUUGAUUGCAUUGAACCGUUAAAACAAACAAAUAAAUACAUUUUAAAAGGUUUUCCCCAAACUUUGAAAUGGUCAGGAAUUUCUGAUGUUCCAUUGAAAUGUAGUUUAAAUAAUAAUGUUGUUUCAACAUCAACCUGGUAUAUCA